AUGAGGAAAUCUCAAGAAUUAAAGAGGAAAAAUCAGGAACCAACUCAGUCUUUGAAACAGUAUGCUAAUGGUUCAACAAGGAAUACUCUUUCUCAAUUGUAUAACAAAGGAGCAGAAAAGACACUCAACCAAUCACUGAGCACGAAAAUACCAAACAGUAGGAUUUACUUAAGCAGUGAAUUAAGUCCAAAAGGAUUAGGCAUUCCAAUAAAACAUAAUUAUAAGCACUUGGAAGAAUAUUUACAGAAUACAACGAUGGACAUACAAUCUCUGAACUCAGACUUGAAAUUAGAAAAUGAACCAAAGAAAGACAAGAAGAGCCAAAGAAAAUCAUUCCAAGGAAAAUAUACGAACCAGAUGAAGCUAAAACAUUGAGCCACACCUGACCAACACACUACUUCCUGAUCUUAUGCUCAGAACAGUUGCUUGGUGUUUCCGAAAAAGUCAAAUUAUUCAAACAAAUACAACAUAUGUAGCCCAAACCAAGUAGAUCCGACAGUUAUGGAAAUACUCAAUAAGCAGCAAGAGAAGAUCAAUCAGUUGAUUAACGAGAAUAAAGCAUUUAAGACUCAAUUGAAAGAACUGAAGGAUAAUUUAGAACAUAGAAUUGCUAACUUAACAAAUGAACUCCCUCUAGUUAAUAGUACACAACACCUUGAACAAAUGAAACUAAAUAAUUGUAAUACUGAUGAGAAAGACAAAUCAGCAAAGAUAAAUAAAUCCAUUAAAAAUGAGAAAGUUUUUCGACUAACAGAGAGUAGCCAGCCUAUUUUAGUCACAAUAAUGAGACCUGAUGAUCCUACAAGUGAAGGGACUGCUAAGCUUAGCUCAAAUCUCAAUGCAAAGAUGAGCAAUUUAUCCAAUAAAAAGAAGAGUUUGGGGCACCUUGAGGGUGGUAUUGAUAAAUCACUAGCUAAAGAAGAAUUUCAAGAUGAAAAUAUUGAUGCCUCUUGAGAUGAAUCUACAGAAGUCCAAAAUCCUAAAGUCAAUUUGAAAUAAACCAGAGAUGAUGAAAAAUUUAAAGGCAAGCAAGAAUACUCGAUAUGUGAGGACAACAAAAGUUGGAACGAUUGAGCUUGAAUAUGUAUCAAACUUUGUUUGAAAAGAUCCAAAUUUAGAUGCUAAUCAAAAUAAAAUUCCAAGAUUAAACACAACCUUUGAGAAAAACAGGACAAUUACAAGUCAUAAUGAUCCAAAUAAAUCCUUACCUUUGCAGAAAGAAAGUCCAGAAUGAAGUAUUAAAGUUAUACCAUCAUAUCCCCACCCUCAAAACAGCCAAUCAAGAUCAAGCUCAGAGAUAAGAAUUUGAAAUCGUCAGAGAUCGGAUUCUAGAAAUUCAGGCACAUUUGUUCUUGCGAGUUACAAAGAUAAAAGAGCAUUGAGGAAGAUAAAUAAUUCACUGGGUAGAAGAUCUAGCAGGAAUCGAAACAUCAGUUAAAUAGUUAAAAGUUCAACUUA